AGGCGGUGGAUGUGGGGAUCCUGGGGCGGGAGGUCGGGGACUGGGGUCUGGGGCUCUGGGCACUUGGGGAGCGGAGGCGGGGAGGCUUAGGACUAGUGAAGCUGCGGACCAGGUAGUGGGCAGACGGAGAAAUUGGGGAGCCAUGAGGUUGGGGUGCGGUCAGGGUGGAUCUGUGGGUUAGGGUAGUUUGAAGUUUGGGUAUCCUCAUGACAUGGCAGCUGGAUUCCUGAGAGAGAGCGGUUUGAGAGAGUGACCAAGACAGAAGCUCCAGUGUCUUUUAAGAAUAUGAUGUAAGAUACUUCUUCAAGAUUGGACAGCUGGGGACCUUCUUCUAAUUAACCUUAAACCGACUUACAGCCAUAGAGACACCUCACAAAGUUCCCAUUUUUCGUUGUUGUUGAUUUUUUGCUUUACACCUUUUCUGACCUUGCAACCAUGUAUGGAAGUGCUCGCUCUGUUGGGAAGGUGGAACCGAGCAACCAGAGCCCUGGGCGUUCACCCAGGCUUCCACGUUCCCCUCGCUUGGGUCAUCGUCGAACCAAUAGUACAGGAGGGAGUUCGGGAAGCAGUGUUGGAGGUGGCAGUGGGAAAACCCUUUCUAUGGAAAAUAUACAGUCUUUAAAUGCUGCCUAUGCCACCUCUGGCCCUAUGUAUCUAAGUGACCAUGAGAAUGUGGGUUCAGAAACACCUAAAAGCACCAUGACACUUGGCCGUUCUGGGGGACGUCUGCCUUACGGAGUUCGGAUGACUGCUAUGGGCAGUAGCCCCAACAUCGCUAGCAGUGGGGUUGCCAGUGACACCAUAGCGUUUGGAGAGCAUCACCUCCCUCCUGUGAGUAUGGCAUCCACUGUGCCUCACUCCCUGCGUCAGGCGAGAGAUAACACAAUCAUGGAUCUGCAGACACAGCUGAAGGAAGUCUUAAGGGAAAAUGAUCUCUUGCGGAAGGAUGUGGAAGUCAAGGAGAGCAAAUUGAGUUCUUCAAUGAAUAGCAUCAAGACCUUCUGGAGCCCAGAGCUGAAGAAAGAACGAGCCCUGAGAAAAGAUGAAGCUUCCAAAAUCACCAUUUGGAAGGAACAGUACAGAGUUGUACAGGAGGAGAACCAGCACAUGCAGAUGACGAUCCAGGCUCUCCAGGAUGAAUUACGGAUCCAGAGGGACCUGAAUCAGCUGUUUCAGCAAGAUAGUAGCAGUAGGACUGGCGAACCUUGUGUAGCAGAGCUGACAGAGGAGAACUUUCAGAGGCUUCACGCUGAGCAUGAGCGGCAGGCCAAAGAGCUGUUUCUUCUUCGAAAGACAUUGGAGGAAAUGGAGCUGCGUAUAGAGACUCAAAAGCAGACCCUGAACGCUCGGGAUGAAUCCAUUAAGAAGCUUCUGGAAAUGUUGCAGAGCAAAGGACUUUCUGCCAAGGCUACCGAGGAAGACCAUGAGAGAACAAGACGACUGGCAGAGGCAGAGAUGCACGUUCAUCACCUAGAAAGCCUUUUGGAGCAGAAGGAGAAAGAGAACAAUAUGUUGAGAGAGGAGAUGCAUCGCAGGUUUGAGAACGCUCCUGAUUCUGCCAAAACAAAAGCCCUGCAAACUGUUAUUGAGAUGAAGGAUUCAAAAAUUUCCUCUAUGGAGCGUGGGCUCCGAGACCUGGAAGAGGAGAUUCAGAUGCUGAAAUCGAAUGGGGCUUUGAGUACUGAGGAACGGGAGGAAGAAAUGAAGCAAAUGGAAGUGUAUCGGAGCCAUUCUAAAUUUAUGAAAAAUAAGGUAGAACAACUGAAGGAGGAACUAAGUUCGAAAGAGGCUCAAUGGGAGGAGCUGAAAAAGAGAGCGGCUGGUCUUCAGGCUGAGAUCGGCCAGGUGAAGCAGGAGCUGUCCAGAAAGGACACGGAGCUCCUCGCCCUGCAGACAAAGCUGGAGACGCUCACAAACCAGUUCUCAGACAGUAAGCAGCACAUCGAGGUGCUGAAGGAGUCCUUGACUGCCAAGGAGCAGAGGGCUGCCAUCCUGCAGGCGGAGGUGGACGCUCUCCGGUUGCGUUUGGAAGAGAAGGAAACCAUGUUGAAUAAAAAGACGAAGCAGAUUCAGGAUAUGGCCGAAGAGAAGGGGACGCAAGCUGGAGAGAUCCACGACCUCAAGGACAUGUUGGAUGUGAAGGAGCGGAAGGUUAACGUUCUUCAGAAGAAGAUUGAAAAUCUUCAAGAGCAGCUUAGAGAUAAGGAAAAGCAGAUGAGCAGCUUGAAAGAGCGGGUCAAAUCCUUGCAGGCCGACACCACCAACACUGACACUGCCUUGACAACUUUGGAGGAGGCCCUUGCAGAGAAAGAGCGGACAAUUGAACGCUUAAAGGAGCAGAGGGACAGAGAUGAGCGAGAGAAGCAAGAGGAAAUUGAUAACUACAAAAAAGAUCUUAAAGACUUGAAGGAAAAAGUCAGCCUAUUGCAAGGCGACCUUUCAGAGAAAGAGGCUUCACUUCUGGAUCUGAAAGAGCAUGCUUCUUCUCUGGCGUCCUCAGGACUGAAAAAGGACUCACGGCUUAAGACACUAGAGAUCGCUUUGGAGCAGAAGAAGGAGGAGUGUCUGAAAAUGGAAUCACAAUUGAAAAAGGCGCAUGAGGCAGCACUGGAAGCCAGAGCCAGUCCAGAGAUGAGUGACCGUAUACAGCACUUGGAGAGAGAGAUCACCAGGUACAAAGACGAAUCUAGCAAGGCCCAGGCAGAAGUUGAUCGACUCUUAGAAAUCUUGAAGGAGGUGGAAAAUGAGAAGAAUGACAAAGAUAAGAAGAUAGCUGAGUUGGAAAGUCUCACCUCAAGGCAAGUGAAAGACCAGAAUAAGAAGGUAGCAAAUCUGAAGCACAAGGAACAGGUGGAAAAAAAGAAGAGUGCACAAAUGCUGGAGGAGGCUCGGCGACGGGAGGACAACCUCAACGACAGCUCUCAGCAGCUCCAGGACAGUCUCCGUAAGAAGGAUGACAGGAUUGAAGAGCUGGAAGAAGCACUAAGAGAAAGUGUACAGAUAACUGCAGAGCGGGAAAUGGUGCUAGCACAAGAGGAAUCAGCCAGGACCAGUGCUGAAAAACAGGUGGAGGAGUUACUGAUGGCCAUGGAGAAAGUAAAGCAGGAACUAGAGUCCAUGAAAGCAAAGCUGUCCUCCACCCAACAGUCUCUGGCAGAAAAGGAGACUCACUUGACUAAUCUCCGGGCGGAGAGAAGGAAGCACUUAGAGGAAGUUCUGGAGAUGAAGCAAGAAGCUCUUCUGGCUGCCAUUAGUGAAAAGGAUGCCAAUAUAGCCCUCUUGGAGCUUUCGUCCUCUAAGAAAAAGACCCAGGAGGAAGUGGCUGCACUGAAGCGGGAGAAGGAUCGUCUGGUACAGCAGCUUAAGCAGCAGACGCAAAAUCGAAUGAAGCUAAUGGCCGACAACUACGAGGAUGACCACUUCAAAUCCUCCCAUUCCAAUCAGACAAAUCACAAGCCCUCCCCAGACCAGAUCAUCCAGCCCCUCUUAGAACUUGACCAAAAUAGAAGUAAAUUAAAGUUGUACAUUGGACACCUGACAGCCCUCUGCCAUGACCGAGACCCCCUGAUCCUCCGUGGACUCACUCCACCAGCUUCCUAUAACUUGGACGAUGACCAGGCGGCUUGGGAGAAUGAGCUGCAGAAGAUGACCCGGGGACAGCUUCAGGAUGAGUUAGAGAAAGGUGAACGGGACAAUGCAGAACUGCAGGAGUUUGCCAACGCCAUUCUUCAGCAGAUAGCAGACCACUGUCCCGACAUCCUAGAGCAAGUGGUCAACGCCCUGGAAGAGUCUUCUUGACCCUGCUUUGUGGGGAAGCCUGAGGUAGUCAACCCAGGAGCCAAGAAAGGAGAACUACAAGGAACAGGCGCCCGGAACCUUCUUGGCACCCAACACUACAAACUUCCUCCCAUCUUGCUCACCUGAAGAAGCGUGAUUCCAGCACCGUUUCUACAUCUGCCGUCUUUCUCUGCCUUCCUGCUUUGGAUGUGGUCUCUACACUAACCUUCUUGAUGUCCAGGGUAGAUAAAAGGUCGAAUCUCUCUGAAGAACUGCGACCUGGUCAUCAACAGUGACUGUGGAAGCUGGUGGCUCGGCCCUGACAGAGGGCCAUGGAGCAGAGGAGCCUCUCAUCUCCUGUCCUCUGACAUGAGAAUGAAACCAGGAAUGUACUUGGAGUUCAGCGGGCUGAGAGGAUGCCUCCAGUGGACCAGAGAGCUGAGUGUUCUAAUGUCACAAUAGGUGCUUUCUCCUAAAAGGGUAAAAAACAAUCUCAAAAAGAUGAGAAAAAGAAAAGGGGGAAGGGAAGAGAAAAUCGACUCUUCUUUUCACUGUCUCUUCUGCUUACUUUCCACAUGAGAUGCUUUAUACCGGGGAGCUGUGAGCAGGCCUCACGAUGGCUUGGGAGCACUCGUCCCCCAGGGUGUGAGUCUUCACCCAGCCCUGACUGUCUGUCCCAGCCUUCCUUACUCUGGUCCUCGGCCAGUUUACAAGAAGAUGGUGUGAGGUGUUCCCCACCAGCCUCUCCUGUUUGAGACUGUUGACCAUAUCAUACAAUUAGAUCAAAUGUCUCUAACUCAAGGAGAACAUAUGAGGGUGAAAAAGCACCAUCCAGGGCAGCAUAGCGAGACCCUGUCUCUA